UGCGGUUGCGAAUAUUGUGAUUGUUAUUUUCGAUAAAAGGAAAACCUCUUUCUCGAAAAAGUGAAAAUGAAAGUGGCUAUAGAAACUCUGAGGCAGUAUGGCUACGUUUUGAUAGUGAAUCUCAGCAUGUUCACUGCUGGCAUGAACUUGGGCUGGCCCUCCCCGAUGCUGGUGAAGCUGAUGAGCGAUGACACACCGCUGUCGAGGCCCCUGACCGAAGACGAGGGAUCCUGGGUCGUUUCCGUGGGAUUCCUGUGCGCAGCUGUGAGUAGUCUUGGUCUAGGUGUACUCCUAGAUACAUUAGGAAGAAAGAACAGCAUUCUACUAGGAUGUCUCUUCAAAGUGUUCGUUGGGCUACUACUACUAUUUGCGACUGAAGUAUGGAUGUUGAUUCUCGGAAGAGCUAUAGGAACGAUGUUGGAAUUUAUCAUGUUUUGCGGAGUGCCUAUCUAUGCUUCGGAAAUUGCGAACAAAAAGCAACGUGGCGCCCUCGGAGUCUCCUUGGCCAUGUUCUCUGCCCUUGGUAUGGUCGUCACGUUGUCCGUCGGACCCUACACGUCGUAUGUCACUUUCAACACAAUCCUGACUACCCUUAUAGUAGUCACCAGCAUACCACUGCUGUUUGUACCUGAGAGCCCUUAUUAUCUCUACUCAAAAGGUCGAUUAGAAGACUCCAUAAAAGUCUUAACACUUAUAAGAGGAACUGAUGCACUAGUAAAAGAAGAACUGGAAGGAUACGAGAACGUACAACGAAGCAAAGUAGAUGUUAACAAACUAGCGCUGUUAAAGAAUGCAACCUUCCGAAAAUCCUUGGCACUUAGUCUGAUGUUGGGUAUGGGAAGCCAGAUCAUAGGAUCUAGUGCUGUCUCGUUCUAUCUGCAGACGAUUCUGGAGUCGACGGGAGUGAGCGUUACAGCAGAAAUUUCAUCAGUCAUAGCUGGAGUCAUUCAAUUUACUGGUGGAUUCACUGCGACCCCUAUAGCCAGGAGGUUCGGCAGAAAGCCGAUUUUGACAUGGUCUCUCACUGGAUAUGCUCUUGGAAUGGCAAGUCUAGGAAUUUUCUUCAAGAUAACCGAAGCUGAAGAUUAUGUCAUAGAAGGUUUCUUAAAUUAUCUACCUCUUCUGUCUAUAGUAGUUGUAAUUUAUGGCUACAAUGUUGGUAUUGGAUCCCUAUACUUCAUAAUUUCUGCUGAAUUAUUCGAUGAUGUCUCCAGAGCAUUCGGCGUCUCCUUAUUUUUAUCCACAGCCACGCUUUUGGUCUUUAUCAUGACCAAAUAUUUCUUUCUUCUCGUCACAGCGAUGGGACCAGCCAUAACUUAUUGGGUUUUCAGCGGAGUCACCGUAUUACUAAUUAUAUCCAUAUCCAUGUUCCUUCCAGAAACCAAAGGAAAGUCCUUUAGCGAAAUUCAAAAUGCUUUAGGAUUAAAAAGUGGUGCCUUAACGUUUUUCAAGAUAACUGUAAGUACAUUAUUGGUAAAAAUGAGGAUUUCACUAUCAUCACCUUUACUCAGACAGUACGCACUGGUUGCCAUAGUUAAUUUCAGUGUAUUUACAAGUGGCAUCAGUUUUGCAUGGCCAUCACCAAUUUUGGUGAAACUCAAUGAUCCAGAACAAACUCCUCUGUCCAGAUCGAUCACAUCUGAAGAGGGAUCAUGGAUAGUGUCUGUUGGAUUUCUUUUUGCCAUAUUCACGGACAUCCUCUUUGCCAGACUUCUGGACAUAAUUGGUCGACGGUACUCUCUACUAUUGUUAUCCAUACCGAAGUUGUUGGUGGGUCUUCUGUACAUAUUCGCCACUGAACCAUGGAUGUUGAUAGUCGGUAGACUGUUCAUGUCCAGUGCAGACUGUUAUACGUUGAUUAUAGCACCUAUAUACGCCUCGGAGCUAGCCAGUAAGGAGCAUCGUGGUGUCUUAGGUACUCUUCUGCAAGUGUUUGCGAGUUCUGGUGAACUAGUGGCAUACUCUAUAGGACCAUUCGUCUCAUAUAGGACAUUCAAUAUACUAUUUACAUCUAUAAUACUGAUUUCGAUAUUCCCCGUUGCGUUUUUCUUACCUGAUAGUCCAUCGUAUUUAUAUAGUAAAGAUCGGAAAGAAGAAUCUUUAAAAGUGCUAACAUUCUUACGAGGGGAUAACAAAAGAGCAACAGAAGAAAUAGAAGAAUACAAAUGUGUCAAAAAUCUAAGUGCGAAGAAGAUAACGUUAUUAAAAGACAGUAUAUUUAGGAAAUCACUAGCAUUGGCCAUUCUCAUAGCUGCUGGAACCCAACUCACUGGUUUCAACGCUGUAACAUUCUACUUGCAAACAAUAUUAAUAACUACCAAUACGAGUGUCAAAUCAGAGAUAGCCUCAGUUGUGAUUGGUGUGAUUCAAGUUGUGUCUAGUUCUUUAACGCACGUUAUAAUUUCUAGUAGAAUGAAAGUUAAAACCAUCCUUACUGUGUCAUUGGCUGCGAUGUGUGUUGGAAUGAUUGGAUUGGGCGUAUUUUUCAAGAUCUCCGAACUCGAAGAUUAUGUUGUAACUAGGUUUAUGAAUUACUUACCAUUAAUCAGUCUAGUUGUGGUUAUUUCUGCGUAUCAGACAGGAAUCGGUCCUUUAAUUUGGUUGGUGAUAGGAGAAUUAUUUGAAGAUUCCGCUAGAGCCUUUGGGGUAUCCGUAGCCCUGACUUCAUCAGUCACUUUGAUGUUUUUAACCAGCAAAUACUUCCCAUUUGUAACCGAAAACUUAGGACCACCAGCCACGUACUGGAUCUUCAGUGGCCUCAAUGCUUUAUUGGUAACAUUGAUAGCCAUAUUCUUGCCUGAAACGAAAGGGAAAUCUUUCAGUGAAAUACAAAAGGCUUUAGGAAGAAAGAUAGAUGAAGAAUUACCUUUGGAAACCAUUACUGAGAAGCGAAGUUAA